AUGCCUAUUCAUAUCACAGAGAGGUUACUCUCUUGGAAAUCCUUGCUCCUGCAAUCAUUUUGGGCCUUGUUGGGCCGUGGACCAUCUUCCAGACCGAGCCCAUCCUCUCAGGUGAUCUAUAAAUAUGAUGUGUUUAUCAGUUUCAGAGGUCCUAACACUCGUAACAGUUUUGUUGAUCAUCUCUAUGCUCAUCUCACAAGAAAAGGUAUUUUCACCUUCAAGGAUGACAAAAGACUCGAGAAAGGAAAAUCUAUUUCAUCACAGCUUCAACAAGCAAUUAAAGAUUCAAGGGUUUCUAUUGUUGUCUUCUCAAUAGACUAUGCUGGCUCAGCAUGGUGUUUGGAUGAAAUGGCUUCUAUAUAUGAUUGCCAAAGAGAUUUGAAUCAAACUGUUUUCUCAGUUUUCUAUCAUGUCGAUCCAUCUCAUGUACGAAAUCAGAAUGGGGAAUAUGGGGAGGACUUUUAUUCACAUACUUGGAAACAAAACCGAGACAAGGUUGAUCGAUGGAAGACAGCUAUGAGGAAUUUGGCCAAUUCAGCUGGUUGGCAUGUCAGGCAUCAGCCAGAGUUUGAAGUGAUUGAAAAUAUUGUUCAGACAGUAAUAAAAAGAUUGGGUCAUAAAUUCUCUGGGCUUGCUGAUGAUCUUAUUGGGAUACAACCUCGUGUAACAACAUUAGAAAGCCUUUUAAAAUUAAAAUCAAAGGAAGAUGAUUUUCGAGUUUUAGGAAUUUGGGGGAUGGGUGGAAUAGGAAAGACAACUCUUGCUACGGUUUUGUACGACAGAAUCUCUUAUCUAUUUGAUGCUUGCUGUUUUAUCGAGGACGUAAGCAAAAUUUAUAGAGAUGGUGGUGCUAUUGCUGUACAGAAACAAAUUCUUCGUCAAACUCUAGAUGAAAAAAAUCUAGAGACAUAUAGUCCUUCUGAAAUAUCCGGAAUUGUAAGAUAUAGGCUACACAACAUAAAGAUCCUUGUAGUUUUAGACAAUGUUGAUCAAUUAGAGCAACUGCAGGACUUAGCUAUAUAUCCUAAGUUGCUUUUUGCAGGAAGCAGAAUAAUCAUAACUACUAGGGAUAAGCAUAUUCUUAGAGUUUAUGGAGCAGAUAAAGUUCAUGAGGUUCCACUAUUGAAUAAUAAUGAUGCAAGUGAACUUUUUUGUAGAAAAGCCUUCAAAAGUGACGACAGAAGCAAUAGUUGUGUGGACUUGAUUCCUCAAUGGAAAGAUGCUUUGAAUAGAUUGGAGAAAAAUCCAGAUAAUAAAAUUAUGGAUGUGCUUCAAAUAAGUAUUGAGGGACUACAACAUGAGGAGAAAGAAAUAUUUUUGCACAUUGCUUGUUUCUUUAAAGGGGAGAGAGAAGAUUAUGUUAAGCGAAUUCUAGAUGCUUGUGGAUUACACCCUUACAUUGGAAUUCAAAGUCUGGUUGAGAAAUCACUCAUAAUGAUUAGAAAUGAAGAAAUUCAUAUGCAUGAAAUGUUGCAAGAAUUGGGGAAGAAAAUUGUCCGGCACCAAUGUCCCGAGAUGCCUGGAUGCUGGAAUAGAUUAUGGCUUUUCAAGGAUUUCUAUCAUGUCUUGAGCACAGAAACGGUAACAAAUUUUAAUGUUGAAGCUAUAGUUCUAGAUCAAAAAGAAGAUGUCUCCAAAUGCAAGGCUGAAGGAAUAUCAAAGAUGAGAAACCUUCGACUGCUCAUAUUAUAUCAGAAGAAUUUUUCGGGAAGACUAAAUUUUCUGUCUAACAACCUACAAUAUUUUUUGUGGCACGGUUACCCUUUUGCUUCUUUGCCAUCAAAAUUUGAGCCUUAUAAUCUUGUUGAAUUGAAUAUGCCUAAUAGCAGCAUCGAACGACUAUGGGAAGGCCGGAAGGAUCUCCCUUGUUUGAAAAGGAUGGAUUUGAGCAACUCUAAAUAUCUUAUGGAAACUCCAAUGUUUGAAGGGAUCUUAGAAAUUGAGCGGCUAGAUCUUACUGGAUGUACAAACCUUUGUCAAGUCCAUCCAUCAAUUGGACUUCUCACAAAACUUGCUUUCUUGAGUUUGCAAAAUUGUAGCAGUUUGGUCAACCUUGAUUUUGGUAGUUUAUCUGAUUUAUGUUCGCUUCGUGUUCUACACCUCUCUGGUUGCACAAGACUUGAAAAUACACCAGACUUUACAGGGGCAUCAAAUGUUGAGUACCUUGAUAUUGAUCAAUGUACAAGUUUAUCCACGGUUCAUGAAUCUGUUGGGGAUCUUGCAAAGCUUAAAUUCUUGACUUUGAAAGAUUGCACAAGUCUUGUCAAUAUACCUAGUAGGAUUAACACCAUGAGAUCUCUUAUAACUCUAGAUUUAUAUGGUUGCUGGGGCCUUAUGGAAUUGCCAAUGGAAAAAACUUUCAUUUUUUCUCCCACUUUGGAAUCUUUGAUCCAUCUAGACUUAGCCUUUUGCAAUCUACAUGAAGUGCCUAAAGCUAUUGGAGAGUUAAAGUAUUUGGAAAGACUAGAUCUACGAGGAAACAAUAUUGUUUCAGUACCUUAUACUACCACUAGGCUUUACUGUUUAGCAUAUUUAAACUUGGCACAUUGUCAUCAGCUUCAAUCUUUACCUAAGCUCCCAUUAACAAGUGCUCCAUCAGUUGGAAGGUAUUUUAAAACGACAUCCAGAUCUCAUGAUCAAAGGUCAGGAUUAUAUAUUUUUGACUGUCCCAAGCUGGUUGAUAAUUUGUCUAUUUCCCCAGAUAAAGACAUCUCCCUUCAAUGGUUGUUAAGACUAAUUAAGGAACCUCGUCACUUUCGGUGUGGCUUUGACAUUGUUUUUCCUUGGGAUUGGACAAAAGAAUUUGUUGUUCCAUCGUGGUUAUAUCAACGGUUUAAAGGGGGUUCAGUAAUAAGGAUAGUACACUUGGAUGUGGAUCACAACUGGGUUGGUUUCGUCUUUUGUGUAGCAUUUGAGAUAAACAAUGGUCUUGUUGGUUCUCUAGAUUCAUCCUCUUUGCCACUUGUACAUCCUUUUUAUCUUUCUUUUGAAAAUGAAUACACUGAAGAACGUUUUGAUAUGCCACUUAAUUUGGAAUUGGACAAGAUUGAUGGCUCAAAAUAUAUUUGGACAAUCUAUAUCUCUCGAAAGCACUGUCAUUUUUUGAAAACAGGAGCGCAUAUCACAUUCAAAGCUUGCCCUGGUUUGAUGGUUAUGGAAUGGGGUUUACGCAUGCUAAUUGAGGAAGAUGUAAGGGUGUUAAAAAUUACCGAAAAACGUAGUUUUUCUUUCAGUACAGAACAACCUGGUCUUGUCAUUGAUAAUGUUGAAGAAAGCAACAACACCCAUCAUCCUAAAAUUCAACUUCCAUACAAUUGGUUGGUUACUGAGGAAGACGAAGAGGAGAAAAUUGAAGCAAAGGAAAAAGAAAAUAAUCUCUCUAAUCUAGGCUUCUGA